UAGGUAGCCCUGUAAUUUUUAUUAGUGAUGACAAAUUAAUUCACGAUAUCGAUAACGGCUGCGCUGCACGUGCAUAUUUGUUUAUUUUGUUUUAAUUCUUUGUUUGCGCUCAUUCUGAUGGAUUUCGCCAAGAAAAUACUUGGAAAGUACGGCUGGAAGGAGGGCGACGGCUUGGGCAAGAACAACACGGGAAUUGCAGCUCCAUUGAAGGCCAGUCUGAAGUUCGAUAACGCGGGUCUGGGAGUGGAUCGCGCCCAGGAAUUCAAUGACCAUUGGUGGGAGCGCUGCUUUAACGAGGCCGCCAGCAAUGUGGACGUCCAGAUUCAGCAAGACGGACAGGUGUCCACCUCCCGCAGGAAAGGCGAGGAAGCGGUGGAGAUCUCCACCAGCGGAUUCUCCGCGCGUAAGCUGAAGAAAGCCAAGGAGCAGCACGCCAGCGAUGGAAAGACCACCUACGACAACUUCCUGCAGACUUCGCUGCUCACCCAAGGCGGCAACGAAGUUGAGACCUCCGAGCGCAUCAAGGUGGAGGAGAUUGAGGUCGCCAAGGUGGCGGUGCUCACAGAUGAAGAACUCUUUAAAGCCUGCGGAGGAAGGACUGCGCACAAAGGAGCACGGCAUGGCUUAAAGUUAAGCGGAAAGAUCGCCCGCUUGGAGCAGCAGGAGCGCGAGAUGCUGGAGAAGCUUCAGAGCAAGCUGAAGACUACGCCUGAAACCACUCUGGUUCCGAAAAGCGGAAAGUUGAUUGAGGAGACCCAGCACAAAGUAGCAGAUUCAGUGGAUUGCAGUGUGGAGCAGGCUACGAAGCCCAAAAAGAAGAAAAAGUCUAGGACUGAGGAGUCCGUCGAGGAAAUUGCGCCUGCCCAACUGGAAGAGCCCAUAAAAUCCAAGAAAAAGAAGAAAGACAAGGCUGAGAAGGCGGCAAAGGAAUACUCAACACAUCAGGCUCAAGACGACCCCGUCCAGAUCAAGAGGAGAAAAAAUAAGACAGGGAAGCUAGAAGAGGAAGUCCAAGAUGUUACGGAAGUCGAAGAGGCAGUGAAGAUAAAAAAGAAGGACAAGAGGCAGCAAGGGGUAGAAGCAACUGAAGCCUUAAGCAUUGAAACUGAUGAACAUGUAAAAUCCAAAAAGAAGCGGAAAACGGAAGACUCCUCAGAGGAAACCGAAACUCCCACAAAAACCAAAAAGAAAAGAAAGAACAAGGAACUCGUGUAAUAGUUAUAGUCUUCUCUAGAAUAAACGAUGUUAGAAAAAUUUAA